AUGAGGCUUUUAGGGCUUCACUGUUUAUGUUGUAGAUCACUGCACAAACCAAUUACGGUAGAUGUUAUACCUCGAUUAAUGAUGCGUAUUGUAUUAGCAAUCAAUUGUUCCCACUUCUAUAUGGAGCUUCCAAAUUGA